UUUAUGUCAGGAAGGAGAUGCCAGCCCAUGACAUGGACUGUGAUGUCUCUUCUCUAGUUGCCUGUGUAGUGGAUAUAGAGGUAUUUACCAACCAAGAUGUUAAGGAGAAAUUUGAGAGCUUGUUCCGUGCUUAUGAUGACUGUGUGACAUUUCAGCUGUUUAAAAGUUUUCGACGCAUAAAAAUUGACUUCAACAACCCCAAAUCAGCUGCUAAUGCUAGAACAGAACUUCAUGAAACACAGUUCCAAGGGAAGAAAUUAAAGCUUUACUUUGCAAAGGUCCAGACUCUGGAGAAUGAUGGAGAAGCCUUCCACUUGGCUCCACCCCAGCCAUCCAAGCAAUUCCUCAUCUCCCCUCCAGCCUCCCCUCCUGCAGAUUGGCAAUCGAAAACUGAUGAUACACCAGUCAUCAAUUAUGACCUCCUUUAUGCUGUUUCUAAACUGGGACCAGGUGAAAAAUAUGAACUACAUGCAGGUACUGACUCCACUCCAAGUGUAGUUGUACACAUCUGUGACAGCCAUGCAACAGAAGAGGAGGCCCCAAACAAUAUACCAAAGCCACAAAUUAUACAGACUCGACGUCCUAGCCUCCCAUCCUCUAUGUGUAGUUGAUUUGCCCCAAGAAGAACAUAGUAUCUCUCAUUUUCUCCUAGUAGAAGUCAGCCAUGUCUCUCUGUGUAAUCCAGUAUUUAGUUUCUUAACAUAUUCCCUGUAUGGUAAUGGAGCCUAAGUGACAACAGGACUCAGAAUGUACUCUUUGUAAUCAUUUUUAUGUCACAUUCCUGCACAUCAGAAGGAGAGAGGGGAUUAGGUGGAGGGAUUUUUGAAACUUCUUUAGGCUGCAACCUGGGAUAAAGUCAGAAAGCCUUUCUUUUAAGGAAACAUAUCAGAUUGCAUUGCACAAACCAAGAUUCUUUAAAUGUUAUUCAUUAAAUCGAGGUAUUAAUGUUGAAUGUGUUGUUCUGAUCAACAGUCCUCACAUGUUCCAAAGCAUAUUUCUAUAAAUAGGUUUUUCUUCUUAUAUUUACUAUACAGCAUAGCUUUCUUCUCCGGGCUUCAAUUAGGAGGACCUCUUGUUCAAUGGAAGACUCCAUCCCAGACCCACCUUGUAAUACUCUAUCUGCAAGGAAAGGGCCUUGAAGAGCAGAACUGUGGAAGGUUCUGUCUGUGAAUCCUUGAACAGCCAUUUUCAGAAUGAACAGAAACAAGCUAGGGCUCUGACAUUGGAAAAUCAGAAGUCAGCUCUUAGUUGGGUGCAGACUAACCUUUUUUUGUUUGUGUGUUUUAUAAAAAAUCUUUUUAAUGCACAAAUGCAACCAGCAUGAAUUCCAUGUAUUUUCAGUGCACAGCUACUACCUGAAGACAAAUUAAGGCUUCAGUUCAGCCUUCACUGAAAUUAAAAUGCUCCUAGUGAUUUCAAGAGUUUAAGGUAAAUUAUUUGAUGCAGAUCCUCAUUCUUUUAACAAUGAAUUCAGAUAGUUGAGUGACAAUCACUUUUCAGACUAAAAGGUAGGACUAUUCCAGAUAAGAUACUGGCUUCUUUAACAUUUCAGCACAUGAUUUUACAUACUGUAUAUAGAAUUAUAUAACAGUGAAGUAUAUUUUCAAAUGAUUGUCCCCUCUCUAAA